AUGAUCGUUACCGCUUACCACCGCGAUUGUCCGCCUCUUGACGAAUUGUCACACGUCAUUGAACACGGUCUCCGACGGAAUUUCGGUUUUGCAAAAGCAGAGGCGGUGCGAUGCCCUGAUCUGCGCCAACCACCUUUUGGACUGGCUGCACCGGGCCUGUCGGGUAAUCCAUGCAUUGGCGAUAUUGGCGGUCGCCAAAAUCUGUUUCCGACCCCAAACUUGCAAGCAAAAUACUCUCUGCUGUCUCUGGCGAAUAAGAUGCGGAUGUCACCGAGCCAAGGGUUCAUCAUCGGAGCGGGAGCAGCGCCGUUUCAGGAUAUAGGCCAGAACGCGGAAUUGGCACCGAAUAUUUCCUGGGAGCACAAGGUUGGCUUUUCACCCAACUUAGAAGACCCGGCUUCCCUCACGGUCACGAAUGGUACUCGUGUUGUUGAAGUUGCCCGGAACCUAUCUGGGAACCCGGAUAUUAGAUGUGCCAAAACCUCAAGCACAAAUUGCGCUCUGAUGAUGAAUCUAUAUGGGUCGGAUGGAGCCACCGGGACGGUUAUCAAAGUCAUCGCUAGAGCUCGCACUGGGCCGCAGAAUUUCACAGAUUGCAUCCGAUCGAGCUUGCGCGAUGUAUACGGUGACUCUCGCGCCAUUAGUCUUGGGGGAGCUUUUUUGCUGAAAUCCGGGAGUGCCAACUUCCAUGUUAUGCCUGAUUUCCCAGCCCCAGACCAGUUGCCGUUCCGGGAUCGGAAGCAAUUGGAAGAGGAAUGGCUCAAGUAUCAUGUUUGCACAGCACCGGUUGUUUGUUUAACGGUUUUGCAUAGUGCCGAUCCGGACAACCUGGAGCUCAGAAUGGAGCACACGCACUGCUUUGAAGUGGAUGGGAACUCGAAAGGAGGACACUACCACUAUGAUGUCGACUGUGGAGAGGAUGUUGAGUAUGAGGCCUAUCUUAAUGUGGCUCCAGUUGUUUACCGGAUUGAUCGGCCUUGA